GGACAUCACUCAUGUCUUACACACUAAUCUUCCAUGAAGUUCCAGAGACUAUGGAAUAAGGGAACAGGUCCCCAUUCACUUUUGAAGACCAAAACCCAUCAAGGAUAUCACAGAGGAAAACCAGGGGCUGAACUGUCCUUUGAAAGUAGAUGUAAAAUUCCUGGAAAAAAUAGGCAAAUCAGAUCUAGCAAAAAAAAAAAUUGAUAAUGCACCAUACCUAAUCUGGGUUUACUGUAAAAAACCAAGAUUGAUUCAAUACAUGAAAAAUAAUCAAAUCUAGGUAGAUACACAAAAGAACACUACAAAAUUCAAUACCUAUUCACGAUUAAGAGAAAAAAAAAACUUUGAAAACCAGAAGUAGGAGGGCACAUCCUUAAUCUAACAAAAGGUAUUGACAAAAACACUAUAGUAAACCUCUCAAUGAAAAAAUACUGAAAUCCUCCUCCAUGAAAUGAAGAUUGAGCCAAAGAUGUCCACUGCCACACCUCCAUGUAUCAUUAUACUGGUCCAAGCCUGUGUGAUAAACCAAGAAAAGGAUUAUAAAGGAAAAAUAUUUUUGCUGACAACAUGACUGUGUACAUUGAUAAUCCAAAAGAAUAUGCAAACUCUUAGAAUGAAAUGGAUUUAGCAAGGUACCAGAAUACAAAGUCAAUAUGCAAAAAAAUCAAUUACGUGUUUCUAAAUACAAAAAAAAAGGAAUUUCAAAAAUACAACGGGGUGCCUGGCUAGCUCUUUCGGAAGAAUGUGUGACUUUGAUCUGGGGGUUGUGAGUUUGAGCCCCAUGUUUGAUGUAGGAAUUACUUAAAAAUAAAAAAAUAUAGCAUAAGAAAUCAAAUAGCUCAAAAUAGAUACAUUGAAAGAUAUGCAGAACCUUUACAUUGACAACAACAAAGCAUUUUUGAAAGAAAUGAAUGGAAAGAUAUAUCUACUCCAUGGAUUAGAAAGUAAUAUUGUAAGGAUGCCGGUGUUCUCAAAUUGAUCUGCAGGUUAAACUCAACUCUAAGUAAAAUCCCAGCAGGUUUAGUUCUGUGAAAUUGACAAGCAGAGGAUUCCAAAAUCUGUAUGGAAAUGUAAAGUGCCAAAACAGCCAAGGCAAUUUUGAAUAAGGACAAAAGUGGAGUCUCUGUUCCCAGAUAUGUUCCUUUAACUUUCAACCUCUUUGUUGUUAAGAUUUAUGCAGCAGUUUAUUUUUUUUAAUGCCUUUCUGUAGACAUGCUUCUUAAAAUAGCACAUACUUGUAUUUUGUUUUAUGACCUUUUCUGAAGGUUUUGUCUCAGUAUGGAAUAUUACACCAUUUGUAUUUUUUAUUCUAAUUCCAUCAUCUUGUUCUUUGAUUUUAUACCUCCUUUUCCCCUUCCCCUUAGUUUUCUGUUUUUAAUGUCAGAAUUGAGGAAUGGCUAUAUAUUCUCUGGUCUUCCGAAGUUAGGUAUCCUGGCUUUUAAUUCCACAAGUGAUCUCAUAUUGAUGAUUUUUUAAGUGGAAUUUAAUACUUUGAGCUGCAUGUUUGACCACGAAGAAGAUGGGCUGUAUUUCAGAAGUUUGAGUAGUUUGUCUGGAUGGACUGGAAACUGAUCUCUGAUUCUCUAGUCCCGAGAAGCAAGAUAUUUAGGGCAUCUCCACUGUGUAUAAGGAGGAAGGUCUAGGUUUGCGUGGCCGUGGAAGAGGACAGUGUUUAGGUCUCCCUCCUUGCCGGCUGCCCCUUCAUUUCAAUGUAGGGCUUCUGGGCCUUUCCUGGGCAUGGUUCCCAGAAAAUCCCUCUGCUGCUGCUGCCCUGAUCAAGUUUCUGGAUCUGUUAAUAAUAGACAACAGUGGGGGAGGGCCAGGAUCAUUAUGGAAAUAAGAACAACCAAACCACAGGGACAGUUCCUGUACCACCCCCCACCCCCACCCCCGUCUGUCUGCUCCCUCCCUGGAUCUAAGGAUCGCCCUGCAGCAGGGAUGUCUUCUAAGUCACUCUUUGGAGCCAUUCUAACCUUGUGAAGGUCUCCCUAGUGCCUGCCCCCCAAAAUCAGGACGCAUGAUCUGGGGAGGAUUGGUAUGUUUAUGAAAACACUGAAAAAGAAUAUUUAAGAUCUGAACUCUCCCAGAAAACCCAGGAGGAAUGAUAAUACCCCCACUGAACCCCCCGCAGAAGGGAAGGAAGUUUGGCAGCAAUUAGGUGAGGCAGUAGAGGCAAAGCGUCCAUAAUCCUGGAGUGUAGAAGGAGUGAGGAAUGUAAGGGGGAAGCGUGGAAAACUAAGGACAUGAUGAUGUUAGGGGAGUAGAAAUGGGAGAGGAAGACAGGGGCUCUAUUAAAUAAAACGUGAAGUCAGCACCAUUUAAAUUUUGAUGCCCCCUUAAUCUUUCUAUUCCCCAUGAGUGGCCUCCCUCUUUAGCCUCCCCUCCCUGCAUAUUCCUCUUUCUUUAUCCAAACCUGCUCUCAGGGGCGCCUGGCUGUCUCAGGUCAAAAGAGCAUGGGACUCUUGAUCUCAGGGUUGCAGGUUCAAGCUCCACAUUGGGUAUAGCAAUUACUUAAAUAAGUAAAUUAAAAAAACAAACACACAAACAAAAAACUCUGCUCUCAGGAGAAUAUGGAAACUCAACUAGUGAAUGGUGGAAAACCAAUAAAACUUCAGAAAUUACCAGUUGCAAAAAUCAGAAACCCUCCUGUUGUAAAAUAUAAUACAGAUAGAGAAAAUUACACAAAAUGUAUAGUUAGGGGUACCUGGCUGGCUCAGUCGGUGGAGCAUGCGAUUCUUGAUCUCCAGGUUGCAAGUUCAAGUCCCACGUUUGGUGUAGAGAUUACCUAAAGUAUUGGAGCAAUUGGGUGGCUCAGUUGGUUGGGCUGUCGACUCUUGAUUUCAGCCUGGGUCAUGAUCUCAGGGUCUCGAGGUCGAGCCCUGCAUCAGGCUCCAUGCUCAGCAUGGGGUCUGCUUGAGUUUCUCUCUCCCUCUCCUUCUGCCCCUCCCCCUGCUCCUGUGUGCUCUCUCUCUAAAUAAAUGAAUAAAUAAAAUCUUUUUAAAAAUUACUUAGGGGCACCUGGGUGGCUCAGUCGUUAAGCGUCUGCCUUUGGCUCAGGUCAUGAUCCCAGGGUCCUGGGAUCAAGCCCCACAUCGGGCUCCCUGCUCGGCGGGAAGCCUGCUUCUCCCUCUCCCACUCCCCCUGCUUGUGUUCCCUCUCUCGCUGUGUCUCUCUGUCAAAUAAAUAAAAUCUUAAAAAAAUAAAAUAAAAAUAAAAUUACUUAAAAAGGGGCACCUGGGUGGCUCAGUCAUUAAGCGUCUGCCUUCGGCUCAGGUCAUGAUCCCAGGGUCCUGGAAUUGAGUCCCACAUAGGGCUCCCUGCUCAGCGGGAAGCCUGCUUCUCCCUCUGCCACUCCCCCUACUUGUGUUUCCUCUCUCUGUGUGUCUCUCUCUGUCAAAUAAAUAAAUAACAUCUUUUAAAAAAAAUUAAAUUACUUAAAAAAAAAAGAAAGGAAAAUGUAUAGUUGAAUAAGUUAUAAAGGGAAGACCCUCGUUAGCACCCAGGACUAGAAAUUAGAACUUGGCCAGCUAUUUCAGAAGCCAGCCACGUGCCCGAUCCUAUCAGAACUCUCCCUCCUCCCCAAAGUAACCACAGUCCUGACAUUUAUGGUAAUCACUUAGGAGGAUUUUAUUUUAAUGGGACUAAAGGUUUAGCUAUAAAUAAUCACUAAUGGUAGAAUAUUAGGCACUCAAAGGGUGUUUGGGGAGCCAUGAGAGGUAGCCAGACCUCAGCACACUUAAAAUCGCAUCAUUUCAUAUAGUUAGUUCCCCCUAUGCCUAGAUUAAAACACACCUCACUGGAGAGAAUCCACAGAAGUCCAAGUCCAGGGCUGUGCCCUGUGCCCUUAGCUGCCUGACUCCCACCCACUGGGCCAGAAAUCUCCAUACCCCACAGUCUUUCCAAGGCAGAGCAAAAGUAGGUCCCAGCUCACAGUGUUUGGGAGAGCUCCAGGGACUAUUCGUCUCUGCUGCUGACAUGUGAGCCCAGGACAUUGCCAAGACUACCCUGGGUCUUGGUCUCAGUGUGUAGUAUGGGGCCAUAAUGAAGCCUUUUACAAUCCCCUAUAUUCCUCUCCUAACUUGGUCUCCUUUUCCUCAGUCUCGGUUUCUAUUACAGCCACCUGUUCAUUCACCUUGCAAGAAGCUCAUCACCUUUCUUUCCCUCUGGGUGUCUUUCCAAUCUUGUGCUCCACUCUUUGCCCUUGAUUCUUACAAUACCAUGAGUCCACAUCAUCUCUACACACAUCUUUAUAAACACACACGUGUGUCCUUGCAUAUUGGAGGUGCUGACCAAACGUUCCUAGAAUGCAUACAUGUAAAGAAAGAAGAAAUGAAUUAUUUCAUGCAUUUAUGUAUGCAUUCCUUCAGUGUUUAGCGAGUGCCCAAAAUAUACAGAGAUACUAACUAACCCGUCCCUCUACCCUCUAGGAUCAUUCCUCUCCUCCCUUUCUCCUCAUCUUCCUCCUUCCCCGUCCUGGUUCUUUUUUUCUUACCCUGUGCCACAGAGCUAGACUGAGUGCCCUGCAAGGCAGGACACAGAGACACAGAAGCCGGCCAGUGGAACAGACACCCUGGAAAGGAGCCAGAUGAAAUCAGGGCAAAGACAGCUGUGUGACAUGCAGGGAGAAACCGUGCGGAAUGAAAAGCAGUGAUUCACGGAGCAACGCAACUCAGACACUCCUUGGGUUUCACCGGGAGAGCUACUGCAGGAUUGGGGUCAAUGAGGGCUGGCAUCAAGAUGAAGGGCAGCCGGGCUCCUCCUCCUUUAAUCCUUGUCUCACCACCCCUCCCCCAAAACUCCUUCCCUUUGACCAAUGUCCUGGGCCUUUAAGAUUUGGAAGAGCUCACACCUCUCCCCUCCCUACUCCUUCCCUUUAGCUGCAAGUCUGCCAGUCACAGCAGCAAACUGCGGUAGAAAAGGGGAGGAAGCCAGUGAGUGAGCAAGCGAGAGAGAAGAGCAAGAGCCCAGCUGGGUUUCCUCGUCCCACAGGAGAGAGCAUCGCACAAGCUUACAGACACAGGACCGCUAUCCUGCCCACGGUGACUGGCACCAGCUGGCGGACCGGUGGGUGAUGGUGUCUCUGAUGCAAGGCCGGCUCCCCAUCAAUCAAGACUUGCUGCUGAUGCAGAAGGGCAUGCUGAUGCGCAAGGUGAGGUCCAAAAGCUGGAAGAAACUGAGAUACUUCAGACUUCAGGAUGAUGGCAUGACAGUCUGGCAUGCCCGGCAGGCGGGAGGCACUGCCAAGCCCACCUUCUCUAUCUCUGAUGUGGAGACGGUGCGGGAGGGCCACGAGUCCGAGCUGCUGCGGAGCCUGGCAGAGGAGCUCCCCCUGGAGCAGGGCUUCACCAUCGUCUUCCACGGCCGCCGCUCCAACCUGGACCUGGUGGCCAACAGCGUCGAGGAGGCCAAGAUAUGGAUGCAGGGGCUCCAGGUUUUGGUGGACUUUGUUACCGGCAUGGACCAACAGGAGCGGCUGGACCAAUGGCUGAGUGACUGGUUCCAGCGUGGAGACAGGAACCAGGAUGGUCGGAUGAGUUUCCACGAAGUCCAGCGGUUACUGCACCUGAUGAAUGUGGAAAUGGACCAAGAAUAUGCCUUCCAGCUUUUCCAAGCAGCAGACACAUCCGAGUCCGGGACUCUGGAGGGAAAAGAGUUUGUAGAGUUCUAUAAGGCGCUGACUAAACGUACUGAGGUGCAAGAGCUGUUUGAAAACUUUUCGGCCGAUGGGCAGAAGUUGACCCUGCUGGAAUUUGUGGAUUUCCUCCAAGAGGAGCAGAAAGAAGGAGAGCGAGCUUCUGACCUUGCUCUGGAACUCAUCGACCGCUAUGAGCCCUCAGAUAGCGGCAAACUGCGACACGUGCUGAGCAUGGAUGGCUUCCUCAGCUAUCUCUGCUCGAAGGAUGGAGAUAUCUUCAACCCGACCUGCCUUCCCAUCUACCAGGAUAUGACUCAACCGCUGAACCACUACUACAUCAAUUCCUCUCACAACACCUACCUCGUGGGGGACCAGCUUUGUGGCCAGAGCAGCGUGGAGGGCUAUAUACGGGCCCUGAAGAGGGGGUGCCGCUGCGUGGAGGUGGAUAUAUGGGAUGGACCUAGCGGGGAACCUAUCGUUUACCAUGGACACACCCUGACCUCCCGCAUCCCAUUCAAAGAUGUCGUGGCCACUGUAGCCCAGUACGCCUUCCAGACCUCAGACUAUCCAGUUAUCUUGUCCCUGGAGACCCACUGCAGCUGGGAACAGCAGCAGGUCAUGGCAUGCCAUCUGACCGAGAUCUUGGGGGAGCAACUGCUGAGCACUACCUUGGAUGGGCUUCUGCCCACUCAGCUGCCCUCACCUGAGGAGCUUCGGGGGAAGAUCUUGGUGAAGGGGAAGAAGUUAAGGACACUUGAGGAGGAUCUUGAGGAAGAGGAAGAGGAGGAAGAGCUAGAGUCUGAACUGGAGAGAGAGCAGGAAGCUGACCCGGAGCUGGAGGCCCAGCUGGAGUCUGAGCCCCAGGCGUUGAGCCCACGCAGUAAGGACAAAAAGAAGGAGAAGAGAUCCAAACCCAUCUUGUGUCCAUCCCUCUCUGCCCUGGUUGUCUACUUGAAGUCUGUCUCAUUCCACAGCUUCACUCAUUCAAGGGAACACUACCGCUUCUAUGAGACCUCAUCUUUCUCUGAAACCAAGGCCAGAAGCCUCAUCAAGGAGGCUGGCAAUGAGUUUGUGCAGCACAAUGCCUGGCAGCUCAGCCGCGUGUAUCCCAGUGGCCUGAGGACAGAUUCGUCCAACUACAACCCCCAGGAGCUCUGGAACGCAGGCUGCCAGAUGGUGGCCAUGAACGUGCAGACCGCGGGGCUUGAGAUGGACAUCUAUGAUGGCCUCUUCCGCCAGAACGGUGCCUGUGGCUACGUGCUGAAGCCUGACUUCCUGCGUGAUGUCCAGAGCUCCUUCCACCCCGAGCGGCCCAUCAGCCCUUUCAAAGCCCAGACCCUCCUAAUCCAGGUGAUCAGUGGGCAGCAACUCCCCAAAGAGGACAUGAGUAAAGAGAGGUCCAUUGUGGAUCCACUGGUGAGAGUGGAGAUCUUUGGCAUCCGCCCUGACACAACCCGGCAAGAGACCAGCUACGUGGAGAACAACGGUUUUAAUCCAUACUGGGGGCAGACGCUAAGCUUCCGGGUCCUGGUGCCCGAACUGGCCCUGCUGCGUUUCGUGGUCAAGGAUUACAACUGGAAAUCCCGACAUGACUUUGUCGGGCAGUACACAGUGCCUUGGACCUGCAUGCAGCAAGGUGGGCCAGUCCUUCAACCCCUGGCCACCACCAGCCGGGCUCUGGCUGUCCUUCUAAUGCCGCCCUCCUGCCCCUCUCCAGGCUACCGCCACAUACACCUGCUCUCCAAGGAUGGCAUCAGCCUCCAUCCAGCUUCCAUCUUCGUGCAUAUCAGCAUCCGGGAAGGGCUGGAGGGGGAUGAAUCCUAAGGCUCAAUCCCCUACCCAGAUCUAGGACUACUCUCUCUCAUCAACCCUGGCUCAAAGGCUGGCUGCAACCCAGAGAGGGGCUUGGAGCAGAAGGACAGAAAGAGGCAUUAUCCCCUCCACCCUAACUUCCUCUAAGCCCAGAGCCAAGGGAAAGAUAAAUCAAGCCUCAAGGUUCCCCAGGCAAAGGCUGGGGAAGGACACCAGACCCUAAGACUAUACUUUGACAUUCAAGAGAACACUGCACAGCCCUGAGUCCCCACUGGACUGCUCUCUCCUGGCCCCACCUGUAUAAAUAGAGCUUUUCUACCCAG